UUAAUAUGUAAGCUAUUGCACUUUUCAAUUUUAGCCUUACUAAGCCUUACUUUACUGUUCAAAAUUGGAUGUUAUAAGUUUCCGCAAUUCCGUUUUAAGUCAUGGUGUUUAUGGGACGUCAUCUCUCACGAUCUCUCGCGUAUCAUCUAAAGCAGCCCAUUUGGAACCGGUUGUUCCUGAAGUCCCCCACUAAUUUGCAACAUGUAUCCGUUUACUUGGGACAGCCAAGGUUCCUUAGCCACAAAUCCGACGCAUAUGAUGGUUUAAGCUCUAAUCAAUUGAAAACUAAUAGCAUGAUCAAUCAAGCAAUUGAUCAAUCACAGCCGCAAAAAUUCUACUACCACCACAGGAUCUACAGAGCAUCCCAACUGAAGGACCGUGCUUUUAGAAGAAACUUCGAUCAAAUAUGCCUGAACCAACAACGUUCGUUUUGCAAAGAGGCCGAUAAAGAUAGUUGCUAUUGCAAAAAGCUAGAGGAAGAAAACUGCGCACUGCAGCCCUUACCGAAACCGGAACCCAAAAAGAAAUGCUCACGGAUAUCCAGAAAGCGAAAGCAUUUACUCGAGCAAAAGAAGAAAGCGGCGAAAUCUGAAGUCCCUCCAGAAUCGAAAAAUGAACCAAAUCUAGACGAAGCCGUCGACGAACUGAAGUUCAGUUGCAUGCUAGCUUCCGAGAAGAAAGACUGCGAGCGCAAGCAGUACAAGGCCCUCUGCGAAGAAUUGAGAAAGUCAAAGCCGAAGGGUGAUCCCAAGGCCGUAGAUUCUCUUGUAAAGUGCAUGCUUUCUGGCAUACAGAAGGCGUGUGUUGUUCAUGCCGAGAAGAUGGUCUACCAGAAGAAGUUCGCUGAACAAAUUGCGAUUGAGGAGGCUAUAAGAAAGGAAAGAGAAAAGAAAGAGGGGAAGCCUCUAGACUGCACUAAGCCGAGUGAGGAUGACGAAACUGGCGCGAAGAACAAAGCUGAGAAGAAAAAGGCCAAGGAGAAAGCUGAGAUAAAACGAUUACUCAAGGAAAUAAAGAACAAGUGCAAGAAGCAGCGUGAAGAAGCUGAGCGCAAGAAGAAAGAAGAGGCGGAGCUCAAUAAAAAAUGUAAGGAAGCAGCUGCUAAAAAGAAAUGUGAGGAAUUGGAGGCUAAAAAGAAAUGUGAAGAAGCGGCUGCUAAAAAGAAAUGCGAAGAGGCAGCGGCCAAGAAGAAAUGUGAAGAAGCAGCAGCUAAGAAGAAAUGCGAAGCGGCAGCGGCCAAGAAGAAAUGUGAAGAAGCAGCAGCCAAGAAGAAAUGCGAAGAGGCAGCGGCCAAAAAGAAAUGCGAAGAGGCAGCAGCCAAAAAGAAAUGUGAGAAACCAGCACCAAAAAAUAAGUGCAAAGAAUCAGCGGCAAAAAACAAAUGUAAAGAAGCAGCAGCUAAAAAGAAUUGCGCGGAAGCCGAAGCGAAAAAGAAAUGUGAAGAGGCAGCGGCGAAAAAGAAAUGCGAAGAAGCAGCGGCCAAAAAGAAAUGCGAAGAAGCAGCAGCAAAAAAGAAAUGUGAGGAAGGUGCUGCUAAAAAGAAAUGCGAAGAAAAAGCGGCAGUAAAAAAAUGCAUAGAAUCAGACAGUAAGAAAAACGGUGCAAACGAUGCAGCUAUGAAAAAGUGCGAGGAAGACAAAAAGAAGAAAACUCAAGAGGCCGAGAAAAAGGAGAAAAGCGAAGAAGCCGCGCUUCAAAAGAAAUGUGCCGAGGCCAAGAAGAACAAGGCACGUGAAGCCGAGAAAAAGAAAAAGACAGCAGAUUCCGAACGGAAGAAAGACUGUGAUCUAGCCGAAUUCAAAAGAAGAUGCAAUGAGCUGAAAAAAAAGAUUGCAGAGGCAAAUUGCGAAGAAAAGAAAGGCAAGUAGUGGGCCAUCAAAAAAAAGAAAAGCUUAACGGAGGCGUGGGAGAUGAUGACCCAACCUAUUAUACUUUUGAGCUGUAAUAAAGUUUAAUAUUAAAAUUAAGUAAUGAUCUA